AUGGCGUCCAAAGCAGAUGUACGUUUUGUGUGGAAUGCAUCUUGUUUUUCUUUACGAAGAUAAAUUAACUUUCUGUCUAAUAAUAACGUUGUUGUUCCUUUGCUUUGCUAACUAGGCUCUGAGAAAUGCAGUCGAUCAAGCUACACAAGCGGGCGAAGAAUUUAGCAAUGUUUACUAUGAAACAUUCGAUAAAAGACGUCAUGUGAGUUAACGCUGUAGCUAAAUUAAUAUGAUUCUUGGUAAAGAUGUAAACUUCCUUUAAGCUUAUAUUUCCCUUGUUACUUUUUUUUCUUCCAAUUUAUAUAAAACUGUUUUGAUUUUUUUUCACACACAGCUAAUGUCAAAAUUGUAUUCGGCCAACACGACGAUCGUGUGGAAUGGGAAUGUAGUAAAAGGAGGCCCAGAAAUUAUCACAGAUUUCUUUAACAAUCUUCCUGCUACGGAGCACACUUUAUAUUCUUUGGACUGCCAGCCUGUGUCAGGUAUUUAAACUAUGUUUUUAAGUACCCAUAUGAAACAUAUGAUUGAACCGACCCUUAGUUAAUCAGAACGUCUGCAUGCAAUGUAAGGAAUAUAAGUUAUAACCUAAAUUAUGUGAAGCACGCUUUUUUGGCGUCUUGGCUUAAAAAUAGGAGGUAACGCCCUUGUUUCCGUUCGUGGCUUAAAGACUUGUGAAAAGGUCUGACUACAUUGUGGUACAAUCAGACUAUUAAGUGAAAGAUCUGGCUUGGAAUGAGCUGACCAUGGAACAAAGUAACGGGAUACCUUGCCGAAUGACCCUGAAGAUCCCUAUACCAAAGAAAAUGUGAAGAAAUUGGAAUGGUACAGAGACGUGCCGCUUGGUUUGUUUUAAACUGGUACAAUAGACCUUGCCAUGGUUUUCGAUGUCACCUUGACGAGUACUUUUUCCUGGGACUUUCUUACAGACAAAUGUAUAGAAAAUUUUAAAAAGUGGUUGUAGGUCUUCUAGCACAUGUAAUGCCGUCACAUUUUUUCAGUAGAAUCCUUACGAGUGAAGCUUUUGUUUUGCAAUUGAUAUAUCUGAAGCCACUGGGCCAAGUUAGUUGUCAUGUCAACAACCAAGCUUUUGAAGUCCCAUUCACUUUCACUGACUAUUAUGAAUUCCCCUACUUCCCAAGAACAAUAAUUUUAUUGAGUGGAACGUUUUGCCAAACGAGACAGUAAAUGCCUCAUCUUUGACGGCAUUCGCAAACUGCAUUUAAUUAUUUAAUUUAUAUUAUUUAUUACUUUUAUUUAUUUAUUUAUUUAUUUAUUUACCAGUAUAUAUUGACCACUGGCCAAUUUCCAAUUUGCAAGCAUCAUCAAUUAUUGUGAUGGAGGCAAAUAAAUGGUAUAUAGAUAGAAUUUUGGUGAUUAAGGGUAGGAAACUGAGUGAAUCAGGUUCCAUGUUAGGUUCACUAUACUGGGAAACCGUCCUAAAACUUGAUUCACUCAGCACUGAACUUCAGAGUCAUUCGCAUUCAGCAUUCUGCAUUCUGCAAAAUACCCCUGCUUUCGUAUAAGAAAAUAUGAUAGUCACCAGAAUAGCGUUUGUUCUUUAUUAUCAUUCAGACCAAGCCAUUCCUGGCCAGACUACAGUUCUGGUUGUCGUCGAGGGAUUGGUCAAGUUUGAUGGCCACAAAGCAGAACAUUUCUCCCAGAACUUUUUAUUGACUGCUGAAGGUGGAAAAGUGUGGAAAGUAGCAAGUGACUGCUUCAGAUUUAUAGGAUGAAGUUUGUACAAAUUUAGGAGAAUAUGAUCAUGAUUGCCUAGCAUCGAUAUACACACUUGUCAAUCAUCCUGACAUAUGUCUUGAUACUGUUGAUUCAUGCUGCAAGAAAGAAAGUAACCAACAUCUUCAUGCUAUGCGUUGGUUGACUAAUUGCAAGGAAAACAGUACAAUCUAAUGUUUGGUGAAUGGAGGAGUUUCCUUUUCUACACAGUUCAUGCAACACUGAAGGGUUAAGACAACCUGUUGAACUGCAUUAUGAUACAGUGAAACCCUGCUGCUUGAGCACCUUAUUAAUACAGUCACUUCAUUUCGACUACAUUAUGUGGAUUUUGGCUCAAAACAACAACAAAAAGAAAACGACCCAGGCCUGAAAACCCAGUCUUUUUCUUCUCUUAGCCUGUGAAAAGAAGUUCUCUUGUGGGGUAUACAGUGUAGCUAGGCCAUAGAAGAGUCCUUUGGAACAUACCUGCAGGCUGUCUUUUCUGAAAACCUUGUAAAGAUGACUGGGCUUUCAAGGCCUACUCGUGGACAUGUUAAAGAGGUUCCUUUGUACAAAAUAGAUGUUAUAAAUUGGCAUGCCUGACAAUGCUGAACACUUUUCCCUGGAAGUUAUGUUUAUCCCGUGUUUAUCAUACCUUAAUCCAGUAACAGUAAACUCAGGAGGACUGAAACAAGGGUUAGGUGAAGAACAGUUCUCUGCCCUUCCUGUAGCCCUGUAGCUCAUAGUCAUGAUUUUGAGCAAAAAAGUAUUUAAUGGAA